UAGAAAAUCAUCCACGACACUGGCUUGGUUCACAAUCAUUUUGAUUGAAAAUUAAGACAUUCACACAUCUAAUGCAUCAAGCCAGUAAUUAAGGGAAGAAAACCUUACCAAGUGCAACCAUGUAACCAUCAAAAUUGUCAUUGCUGACCAUAUCCCACGUUCCAUUGUAGUCUGCAGGCAUUUUGGAGGUUUGGCUCUCUUGAAAACUUGGCAGUGCGAGUUCCUGGGUGUUUUAUAGCCUCAGCAUGAGAAAGGGUGUUGCAACGCUCACCUCACUUAUUCAGGACACACAAGAAGAGAAAUAGUUUUUGCAUAAUAUGAGGAAACUCCCCGCAUGAAAGGACACAACAGUGCCACGCAUUUAAGUUCUGCAGCCUGUUGAUUAAGCAUUGAUUCGAAGCAGGUGCGUCCAAGUGGAUUUGGCUCGGCCAAAGUUCAGGCCUGACAAAUGUUGCAAAUUGCAGACUAAAAUAGGAAAAUUGCAAGGCUGGUCUUUUAACUAAAGUAAAAUGAAUUUGACUUAAUUCAAAAGAAUUGUUGGGUUUUGUUCCACUUCCAAGCAACUUUUAACAAGCUGGUUCUCAGCCUUGAGGGCGGCAAAGACUGGUUUUCCAAAACAAAUCUGUUUUUGACUGGAACACCAGACCUGCUCAGGGACACAAAGUGAAGCUGCUUUUCCUCUGCCUGCCCUCUCUUUGUUUAGACUACAACUUAAAAUACAACUUGGUGCACUUCUCUAUUUUGUCUCAGGAUGCCAGGAUAGUGUGAUCCAUCCAUUCAUUGUUUGUCCCUGCUUAUUCACAGUGUUACUAGAAGAGAAACCAUUUAUCACCAGACCAUUGGGCAACAGGCGGGGGAAACCCUAGACAGGGAGAACUAUAAUAAACGUAAGAUGAGCUGCUCAUCCUCAAAAUUCCUCUUGUGUUGAUGAAAGAAAAGAAAUCUGCAAAGAGGGCCAACUCACUGCAUUGUGAUAAGAAAAACUCAUCAGCAGUCACUGUAGAUGCUUGAUGACACAAGAUCGGAACAAACAAUUAUAAGGUUUACUUUUUCAUAAAGGUCAAAGUUGGAUUUACAUAGGAUUUUUUGAAAAUGUUACUCAAGUUAUGCUUGAUAUCAACAUUUGAUUCAUAAUUCAUCUUUUUUUUUUAAUCCAUAGAUUAUGCAUACCUAAAUAUGGCGACGUAAGAUAAAUUGUGACAUCUGAUGUGAAUUGUAUUGUGUUAGAGGCCCUGAUAAUAACAGAGAAUGAAACCCAAUCUUUCCUUGGAGCACAUUUAGCCAGCAGCGCAGCGUUUCUACACUCCCUCGUCUGAAUACGCAGCAUCGAUGUUUCUCUACAUGCUGGUCUUCCUGGCCUAUCACAGCAGCAGAUGGAUACCACUGAACCAGAGGUUAAAAUUCCAAAUAGUGAAUGCAGUGUUCAUAGUGGUGGUGCUGGCCCCCCAGCUCUACGUCAUGGGGAGGUCAAAAUCCUCAAGAUACUGCAGGCAGCCUCUUCUGAACAACCUGUCGGCCUCUGUUGCCCUGUCCAUCGUUGCUUCAGGUCUUUCUGUAGUAUUCACGCUGCUCGAUCCGGUUCCUCAGGGCUUGUGGGCUGCCUGUCAUGUGUUUGGGUUUCUGUCAUGCGGCCACGGACUGUGCACCGCCAUCCUGACUCUCACAGCAGCCUCUUGUGCCAAAACUACCACAGAGUUGUACCACCUGUCCGUCGCUCUGACGGUGGCCUCCGCUCUCAGCGCAGGCUUUUUCGUGGUGAGAGCAGGACUGUGGUUAACCAACAGGCAGGCGACAAGCAGGAACAACGUGUGAUAAAACAAGCCCAGCUGUCCCCCGCGCCGUCGACACUGGAUACAGUUCACUUUGAAGAAUUCAUGAGGGAUCUGAUCCGGCAGCAGACGGAAACUUAAAACC